AUGUCUGAUCCAAUAAAUGCAAAUCCAACUGUCAUUGAUGUAUCUAGUCUUCCCAAAAGGGUCCCUGAAUCAGAUGGAUUAAAUAAAAAUGGGAAAUCUUUUCAACUUAUAGAGAGAAUUACUUCUUUAUCUUUGUUACGAAAGCAACCGCUUGUCGAAAGCAGUGACGAAAAUAUCCCGGACUUGAUGAAGGAUGUUCACAUGGGUGAAUCACUGGAUGAUGAACUCUUUGAAUAUCUGAAUAAAGAGACGAAAGAGAAAGAGUUAUAUGAAAACUUAGAAGAGUUUGAAGAUGAAAUUGAUGCACAAGAGAUCUUUGAUUUAAUUUCAACCAUUUCAGAUCCAGAGCACCCUCUUACUUUAGCUCAACUAGCUGUUGUGAACUUGUCAGAUAUCCAGAUAACUCAUGGGCAAAGUAGAACUAGCGAUAUCUCAGAGGUCUUAAUAAGGAUCACACCAACUAUUACACAUUGCUCAUUGGCAACAUUGAUUGGGCUAGGUAUCAGAGUUAGGUUAGAAAGAAGCCUUCCAGCAAGAUUUAGGAUUAAAAUUAUCAUUAAGGAAGGUACUCAUCAGUCUGAGAACCAGGUUAACAAACAACUUAACGAUAAAGAAAGAGUUGCAGCUGCAUGUGAAAAUGAUCAGCUAUUAAGUGUUAUACUGCAAAUGCUUAGUACUUGCAAAUGA